AUGCGGACCACCAGAAGACAGUCACCGAGUAUUGGACAUCGAAUUGCGAAUACUACGCACCUGUCUACGAAACCGACAAAACCAGAUGUUCGCCAAGUGGAAGAAGUGCGAGACGAAGGAAAACUUUUGUGCUCAGUAUUUGGAGGACCGCCUCUGGAGGAGAAUAGUGGGCAAGGCUAUGAGAAAGGCGAAAUCCUCCGAAACGUCAGAUUAUUCGUGAAUAAAGAAUAA